AUGGAAUUGCGGUCCCGGUGUGUACGUGAAUAUACGCAUGUUACCGGCCGCCAAGAGAACCCAAACGAACCGGUAGCGGACACUCCCUUCAUGUCGGCAAUUGAGGGCAAGGCGGCGGCGGCGGCGACGGCCGCCAACAACCGAACCUCAGUGGAGCUGGCAGCGGCGCUACGGGCACCUGAGCCUGCUGAUGCUGAUGCUGUUGGUGUGGACGCGGCCAUAAUCACCAUCAUCUGUACUGCAGGGCCAGGAAAUCUUCAGUCGACAUCUGGACUGGCGGGUGCGGCUGCGGCGGCAUGUAAACCGGCGGCGCUAUCCCACCUGCUGCCAACAUGUACUCCACACACAAACCUGCAACAAGACCUGGAUGCUGAUCAUAAUCCCGUUCCUGCCGACAGCCUAAAGCUUCCGAGUAGCAGCCGCAACGGCGGCGGCGGCGGCCAGGGCAGUUGCGGCGGCGACCAUUCCACCCCUCCCUACUGCUUCCCCUCGCCGUCCCACGACCGCGACCAAGAGAGUCUCAAGCCCAUGUUUCACGUGAUGCCCGUCAGCGGUUGGGGCUCCGACCCCAACGGACCCAUCUUCUACAAGGGCCGAUACCACCUGUUUUACCAGGCGCGCCCGGGUACGUGCCAGUGGCACUGGGGCGUGGGUUGGGAUCACGUGGUGUCGUACGAUCUGGCGCAUUGGGAUCGACUGCCGCCCGCCAUUUUUCCAACUCCAGGAGGGCCCGACGCGGACGGCUGCUUCUCAGGAUCAAUUGCGGUUGAACCGCGCACGGGUGUGCCGGUGUGUUUUUACACGGGCGCCCGGCUACGCACCAACCGAGAGGUGCCCCUGCCGCACCCCCCGCCCAGUCACGAUAUGGGUCUGCCGCACUUCGAGGCGCAGUGCUGCGCCGUAUGUGAUCCAGACGACGAGUUGCUGGUCAAGUGGCGCAAGGUACCGAUGCCGCUGAUGGAGCUGCCCCACACGGGCCAGCUCACCGCCUGGCGCGACCCGUGGUUCGUGGAGCAGGGCGACGGGCGCGGACGCGAGUGGACGAUGCUUAUCGGCAGCGGGCUCAAGGAUGGCGGCGGUACGGCACUGGUGUACCGUACACAGGACAUCACACGGGGCUGGCGGUUUGUGGGCGACUUGUGCAGCUGGCCCAACCCCAAGAUGGGAGUGGUGUGGGAGUGUCCCUUCCUCGUGCAGCUGCAGCCUCUGCCGCUGUGCGCCCACGUGCUCCCCACUACGGACCUGGCGGGUCUCAUGGAGGCGGAGGGGGAGGAGGGGGAAGGGGAGGAGGAAGCGGGGGAGGGGGAGGGGGAGGAGAGGGAAGGGGAGGAGGAAGCGGGGGAGGGGGAGGGGGAGGAGAGGGAACAUAUGGUCGAGAUGGAACCGAUGGCGACGGCGGUCGCGGCGGCGGGGAAGGCGGAGGUGGAGGAGGAUGGGCUGGCGGAGGUGGUGGAGGAUAUCAUUGAGGCGAAGGCGUUCGGUCCCAAGGCGGCAGCGGCAGCCAAGGCGGAGGAAGCGGCAAUGGCGCCAACGCCGCCAACUCUGCGUACUAACGACGCGCUGAAGAACAGCGGGGAGGUCGAGGAGGUGGCGGAGGAUGGUUUCCAGGCAGCGGUGAGGGCGGAGGUGGGAUCGGUCAUGCAGACGAUGGCGGUGAUUGUUUAUGAGGAGGCCGAGGUGGCACUGGCGCAGACGGGGACAGGGGCGGAGGCGGUGGAGGAGGGAGAGCCAAGCGGUGUGAUCGCUGGACGAGAGAGCAGCAGCGGUGCGAGCGACACCUCCAUGGUGCACGGCAGCAGGCUGGAGUGUACGGCAAGUGGUUCAAGCAGUCUGCGAAGCAGAUCCAGAAGCGGCGACAGCGGCAACGGCGGCGCCGUUGGCGACUCGGAGACGGCGUCGGAGUGGCAGAGGCAGGCCGUGAGCAGCAGCAUCGGCGGCGGCGGCGGAGACAAGGGGGGUUAUGCAGCCGAGGUGCCGACGUCGUUGGUUGAGGCGGUACGGCAAACGCUGGCGGCGGAGCCCGUCGUGCAGCUGGCGGCAAUGCCACAGCCCGUCAGGUCUGUGGACAUUGCGGCUGCGGAGCCUGUGAUGAUCAAGAUGUCCGUGUCCCGAACUGGGUGUGCCGAUGUAGCAGCGGUAGCCGAACUGGUGGAUGCGUUACUGCAGGCAGUGACGCAAGAACAGCAAAGUACGGCAUGUACAGCAACCAAAGCGGCAGCCGUCGAGUCGUCUUCCGCCAUCGCCGCCGCGCACGCUGCUGCCACCGAGUUCGAUUUCGUCACCGCCGUCGCACCAGCAGCCGCGGUUCGUCAUGGCGCUGACGUCAUCGACUUCAGCGUGAUUGCGGCCGCGCCCUGGACAGCCCCCGCUGACCUUGGCUCGGAUGCGUCGACAGCCAUCGCCAGUAUUACUGUACGGCGGGCUGUUUCCUUGUUGCCCUCGCCGGUGCUUGAGAACGGGGCCAGCAGCCAUGCUGCAGACGCCGGCGACGCAAGCGGAGGCGGCCAUGUGGACCCGCGCGCCCCUUCCGUACCUGCCGCAGCCGCCGCCGCUACUGCCGACGAAGAGAUUGCUGCAGCCGCCCCAGGCCAGGCUCCGAUUGUACGAAGCUGCUGCCUGACCAGCUCCACGCUCACCGCGUCCGCCACCGUCCCCGCCGCCGCCGCCGCUGACCGUGCCGUACUUCAAGACCUGCACUUCAUGGUCACGCAGGUCAUGGAGGCGCGUCGGGCCCGGGCCGGGGCGGCAGCAGCAGCGGCGGCGGAGGAGGAGGAUGCGGCGCUCAGGGGCGACAGCGGCGGUACCAUGGGCUCCGUGACUGCGAGCGGCGGCAAAUUGAGCUACAGUCCUGGCGUGAUGGGCCACUCGGCGGUUCCGGAGCCUGAUACGGAAGUGGAGCCGCUGCCAGCACCCGUUACCAUGCGCUACCAUAAGGCCCAGCCGCUGCGGCCUCUGACGGCAACGGUGGCGGCGCUUUCUGCCGGAUGUGGCACCUCCGUCGCUACCGAUUUGCGCUGCUCGGCCGCUGCACCUGAUGCGCUGGAUAGUCCACAGAUGCUCGCUGCCACCCCUGCGAACUCCGCAACCGAGUUAGACAGCCCCGCUUCCGCCCCGGCGUUUUCCUAUGCCGCCGCCGUCGCCGCCGCCGCUGCCGCUACCGCGACUGCCGCCACUGCCAGCAUCGUUGAGACCAAACCAACCGUUGAACUUAAGCCAAAGGCCGUGAGACCAAACGCCGAUGCCGCCUCCUCGGAUUUCCGCAUCGGCGACGGCGCCAUGCAUGUGCAGCUGCCCCUACUUAAUGCCGGCGGCAGCGGUGGCGUCGCCAGCGGCGGCACCAGCCCUGUGCCCACCCUGGCACGUGCCGCCGACGUCGCCUCCACUACGCGCCACGCCUUCGCAAGCUCCGUACCGCAACACCGGCGCUGGCUAUUCGGCAAUGCACCCGAUGCAUGCCACAUCUCCGGCGACCUGGUAGGCACGCGACCGAUUUACUGGAUCGGCGAGUACGACAGUACGGCAGCGAAAUACGACAUCGCCAAUGCUGUGGGCGCGGCACCGCUGGACAUUGGGAACUGCCUGUACGCGCCGGCCUGCUUCCAAGACGCUCAGGCGUAUAAUUUCCUAUCAGGUUCCACCACCUGCAUCUGCACCACUACCACCUCGACCUCCUGUUGCCUACUUGCCGAAGUCGGCACUCUGCUACCGUCGUUACCCCCUGCCCAACAUGAGCAGGGCCGUCACAUCCUGUGGGGCUACAUGAAGGAGCUGCGCCGAGUGCCUCCUGCCCCCGCCCUGUGUGACAAGUACAGCUACGCUGGUUGUGUGUCCCUCCCGCGGGCCUUAUACCUGCGAGGGGAUAAGCUGUUCCAGCUCCCCCUUCCCGAGCUGACUGCGCUCCGCAGUGACGUGGCAGUUCACUUCAGCCGGGUGUCGCUGACCCACGGGUCACCCUGGCGGCUGAUGGGGCUGCGGGGGCUGCACCUGGACCUAGAGAUGGCGAUCAGUCCCGGUACUGCGCACCGUACGGUAGUGCUGCUUCGCAGCUGGCGUCCCAGGGGUCGUGGCGCUGCCGCCCUAGUGUACGACUGGACGAGCCGCCGACUGUACGUCGUGUUCGAGGCGAUGCACCCCAGCCGCCAGGCGCUGUGGCGCGGGGAACACCCCCCCGCAGGCGCCUCCACGGCCUCCGCCAUGACGCCACCCCCCUCCUCCUCCGCUUCUGUAGCGACCACGCAGCCGCAGCAGCAGGGCCCCCACCUCCACCAACAUCAUCACCACUCCUUUCCACCGGACUUGCCGUCAGAGCUUAUAAGGGCUGAUCCGGAUCUGGAGCUUUCCUCUGACACCAGCCUGGAGGGCCCGCUAUCGGACGAGGAGGAGAUGGUGGAGGAGGACACGGCGGGUGGCGGCGACUUGGACCUUCCCCCCGGCUCCCCCUUGCGGCUGCGUGUGUUUCUGGACGCGUCGUGUCUGGAGGUGUUCACCGGCAGCGGGCAGGUGCUCACAACCCGGGUGUAUCGGGGACAUGCGCCACACGUGAAGCCCCAGCAGCCCCAGCCCCAUCAGCAGCACGCUGACCCCGGUAUCGAGGUGUGGAGUGUGGGGGGCAGCUGCAGCCUGGACGACCUGCACGCCUACGAGAUGGACACAGCCUGGCUCAGGGAGGGGGAUGCGCCGCUGGAUGGCUUCGUUCGCAAAUAG